CUUUCCUCUUGCUUAUUGAUGCUACUCAACUCUAACAUUUUGACCUAUAACCUUUCUCACAACUACCAGCCCUAGUCAUCAUACCAAUGUAUACAACCAUGACUAAAGGAGUGAACAAUAGCGCCGUCCUUCACCGUGAUACCCGCUUUCUCCCCAAGAAAGCAAUCGGCGGAAAAGGCAGUUAUAUCUUUCUUGAAGAUGGCACUAAGUUUCUCGAUUCGACCGGCGGCGCAGCCGUAUCCUGUCUCGGCCACGGCCAUGAGAAGGUCAGCCAAACCAUUAUCAACCAGAUCAACAAGUUAGCAUAUUGCCACACGGCGUUCUUUGGUACCGAGGUAUCUGAAGAACUAGCUCAAUUCCUUGUCGAUUCAACGGGAGGCAAGCUGUCGAAGGUGUAUAUAGUUAGUUCAGGCUCCGAAGCUGUCGAAGCAGCAUUGAAACUGGCGCGCCAGUAUUACCUCGAGCUACCCACGCCCCAGCCUCAGCGUACUAGGUUCAUCGCCAGAGAGCCCUCUUAUCAUGGCAUCACAUUGGGCGCUUUGUCCGCGGGAGGACAUGUCCUUAGACGACAGCCAUUUGAACCAUUACUAUCCAAGAAUACCUCCCAUGUGUCGCCCUGUAACGCCUAUCGGGGCAAGAAAGACGGCGAAACAGAUGUGGACUACGUUGCUCGCCUGGCUGCAGAGCUGGAUUCUGAGUUCCAACGUGUUGGACCGGAGAAUGUUUGUGCUUUUAUCGCAGAGCCAGUGGUUGGAGCUGCUCUAGGAGCCGUUUUGGCCGUUCCCGGCUACUUCAAAGCCAUGAAAGCAGUGUGCGAAAAGUACGGAGCGCUUCUCAUCCUCGACGAAGUAAUGAGCGGCAUGGGUCGCUGCGGUACGCUACAUGCAUGGGAACAAGAAGGCGUAGUUCCCGACCUUCAGACGAUUGGAAAAGGCCUUGGAGGCGGAUAUGCUCCCGUAUCUGGUCUUCUGAUCGGAGAGAAGAUCGUGCAGACAUUGGAUAGAGGCACUGGCGUUUUCCGCCACGGACAAACGUACCAGGGCCAUCCUGUAUCGUGUGCUGCUGCGCUGGCUGUGCAGAAGGUCAUCCAGGAAGAAGAUCUACUAAGCAAUGUACGAAAUAUGGGGGAGUACUUGGGGAGUCAGCUCAGGACUCGGUUCGGAGAUCAUCCAUAUGUCGGAGAUAUUCGCGGAAAAGGACUAUUCUGGGGGAUUGAAUUUGUCAAGGAUCGGGUCACUAAAGAGCCCUUCACUCCGGAGACGGAAGUGGCAGUCCAUAUCCAGGAAACUGGUCGCGAUUCGGCAUAUGGGAUCUCGUUGUAUGCGGCUGCAGGAUGCGUGGAUGGAACACGUGGAGAUCAUAUCCUCCUCGCACCUCCAUAUAACGUAAAUAAGGAUGAGAUUGACAUUAUCGUGGAGACUACUGCUAGAGUUCUGGAUCAUGUUUUUACGAAAGUAUUGGAGAUUUGAGUGUUAACGUAUAUAUGCCCGAUUUCUGGCAAUGUAAAUAUAUGAGCUUGCGGUAUUACACAACGCUCAAACGUCAAAUCAACCAAAAUACUCAGCUG